CUCUUCCAUACUCCCUACUCUUUUUCUUUUUUUUUAACUAUGUCAAGCACUGAAGCUUCUGUUGAUAAGUACGAUGCAGUCCGCAAGGACAUUAUCAAGGCAUUCCCUGACGAAGACUACGACGAUGGUUCCUUUGCCCCCGUUGUCUUGCGUCUCGCCUGGCACGCCAGCGGUACGUACGACAAACACAAGAAGGACGGUGGCAGUGACGGUGCUACCAUGCGCUUCAAGACCGAAGCUUCGGAUGGUGCCAACGCCGGUUUGGAAGUAGCUCGUGAGUUCCUUGAACCGAUUAAGGCCAAGCACCCUUGGAUCACCUACGCUGAUCUGUGGACCCUUGCAGGCUGUGUUGCCGUUGAACACAUGGGCGGUCCCCACAUUGAAUGGACUGGCGGUCGUCGCGAUAAGCAGGUUGAGUCUGAGAACCCACCUAUUAACCGUCUUCCCGACGGUGCUUUGGGCAAGGAUCACAUUUUGGAUCUGUUCGUUGGCCGUAUGGGCUUCACUGUCCAGGAAACCGUUGCCUUGAUUGGUGCUCAUACUGUGGGUCGUUGCCAUUCCAACCGCUCCGGUUUUGAAGGGCCAUGGACUGAAACUCCCACCCGUUUCUCUAACCAAUUCUACAAGCAACUCUUGAACAACGAAUGGGUCGAGAAGAAGUGGGACGGUCCCAGACAGUUUGUCGACGCCGAGGAUGGCGAACUGAUGAUGCUGCCUACCGACAUGGCUCUUUUGGAAGAACCCUUCCGCCAGUACGUUGAAUUGUACGCCAAGGACAAGCAAAAGUUCUUUGAUGACUUCUCCGCUUCCUUCUUAAAGUUGGUCGAAUUGGGCUUCAGCAAGAGAGGAAAGUUGUAA